CCCCUUGUCAUGGAUGUCACCAUGGGUUCGCGUCAGGGGCAGGGCGCAGCUACCACGACCACAACCACGACAGCAGCGGUCACGCCCGCUUUCCGCAGGGUUGGACGCAGUAUCAGGGCGCUUCUGACCGCCCAACAAGACCGCUUUGCAUAUUCGAAGUUUUCGUUUACGAAUGUCUUGUCAGGCAGCCCUGCCAGUUCCAUUCUGGUCCAACCACGUUGGAUCUCUGGGCCGAUGCGUUAUCGCCCUCAUCUGUGGUGAUGACAAGAUGCUCCGGCCCUGCUCCAUGGCUCGGGCAGCCGACUCUACACAAACUCAGCACUGCCGGGCGUGCACUGUGUGAUCGGAAGUAUCCGCUGAUUUGGGCCCUUGAUGCCAAAUCCAGUGCCGAAUCUUAUCUCUACGGCUCCCAUCUCUUCGUCAACGGCGGUCGAAUCAUCAGAGACUGACUGACAGGCACAGAAGAUCAUACAUCGCCCCAGUGGUCAAAACGCACCCACUAUAGCAGAUCUGCUGCCACAUCGCCGCGCUGCCGGCCUCGAGUCAUUUCGGCCUUUGCGUGCGAGCGCUACCGCUCAUGCAGUGUCCUCUUUCACCUGACCGACAUCCCUUCUGGACGAAUCGGGCUGGCUACUGUGCCAC